AAUCUCAAUUGCAGCACUCGAUGACACUUGGUACAUAGUCAUUCAAGAUGUCUCAAUCGAUUUUUCCGUAGAACAGUCGAAAAAAGAACGUUUCCGAAAGUGCUAGAGCAAAGCUGACAUUAGCUUUCUGUGUAUACAAUUUUUUCGAAAUGCUUGUAAAUAGUGAGUGGUGAUUGUCCCGAAAUUGCGUUAAACCAUGAGCCAUGAGUGUCUCAAAUCAGGAAGAAAAAACUGACAACAACGAGGAUGGCUUACAAGAUUUGGGAAUACCGGUGCCGAUACAAACAUUCUUAUGGGGUCAAAUUGCCCCGUUUAUUCGUCCAAAAUUAGGAAAAUUACACGAGGCCGCUUGCAUGUUUUGUCAACAUGCACCCGGCCAUUACGAACUGAAAGAAGCGUGUAAAUCAAUUGAAAAGGUGCUAGUGCAAAAUAUCCACUUUGGAUUGUCGGUGCCGUUGACACAAGCACUUGAAUCGGUUGACCGAUGGCGAGUAGUACAAGCAGCACUUCCCCAUGUUAUGCAUUGCGCCGCUGCUUUACUCCACAAUCGCGUCAAAGAUUUGCAAAUGCUUGGUCCGGCCGAAACGAAAUUGUUGUAUACAUUGCAUUGGAUAUUGUUGUUUGCAUCGGCUGAAUGUGCUGACGAAGAAGUCGAUGUGAAGAAUGAAGCCCGAUCCCAUUUAUUUUCCAUUCCGACCAUUUCGUUAUUUGUUUAUUUAUUUGCACCAAUUGUGCACCAUUUGAAAGAAUCCGAUUUUCAAAAUUAUCGCCUCGAAAAUGGUAUCAAACUGUGGCAUGGAAUGUGGGAAUUCACGGCCCCACACGGUGCGCCAUGCUUUGCAGCCGCUGUCAAACCAAAAGCGAGGCAACUUUUGAACAGCUUACUCAGUCCACGGGAAUCAUUGGAUGCAUAUUGCCCGAAUCAUUCACCAAAAAGUUUGGCCGUUUACGAACUUCAAAAACAUGAAGAAGAGACUGCUUGGGUUUCAUCACCAAAAGAUAGCGUUUUCCCAGAAACAAUACCCGAAGAAGCGUCUAGCGUGGAAGAAGAACGUGUUGUUAUCUUUCGUAUACCAUAUGCAACGUGCAAGCCUUCAUUUUAUACAGCUGAUGCAAGUUUGCUGCAACAAAGUCAGGAUAGUAUUUUGUCUAAACUCGAGGGCGACCGUUUCAAUUUUGAUAAAAUUCAACGUUUUGCGAAAAGCGAGGGUUCUUCGACUGACAGAGAUUCGGAUGACGAGAGCAGAUCGUCGCGUAAGAGAACGAGAUACGACACGGUUGCUGCUACAUUUCUUGAUGUUGCUGUUUUGCGUUGUUUAUUCAUUUUACAUUGGCAGGAGGAGGGUGUUUAUUGGUGCUUACAUUAUAUUUACAAUAGGCUUCGUAAAAUAAGUGAAGAAGUAUCUGUGCCAAUUUGGCAAACUCGACGACGGUCGAAUUCAUUGCCUAUACCCCAAAUCGAAAUAUCCGUUUACCAGGGGACGAAUAGCAAUAGUCGUGAUAGUCCGAGUGGAAAUACAUUAAAAGAUUUCAUUGAAGUUCCUGAACAAGUGAUGCAAACUAUAACCGAUUGCAGUGACAGUUCCGAUUCGAAAGGUCAACAACGCUCGGAAAAACCGACAGGAACGAUUGAACGGCGUGCAAAUAGUGAACGAAAGCGAAAUGUUAAAAUAGCCAGUUUCAAAUCGCUCAUUGAAUCGAAAAUAUUUUCGAAAUCCGAAAAGGAAUUAGAACGAAUCGGCCUGUCCAAGAAACCGACCGCAACUGAUACAACAUCGUGUAUUUCACAAGAUGAAACUGAUGCAGAUCAAUUAUUGGGCAAUACAUUACAAAAUGAUAAAAAGAUGCUUUCACGAUCAGCAUCGGUGAUAUCAACUAGAACUGUAACGAAUUUAGUUAAAGGCAAAAGCAUGCCAAGCUUGACUUGUCCAUUUGUCGAGAACUCCACUGUAAUUCGAAGCUCGCAGUCAUCUGGGCCGCGUACAUCGUUCUAUUCGAAAAAUCCAAUAAUUACUGUAACCGAGCAUACGCCGGUGCCGUCACCAGAAUAUAUGCGCCGUCAAGGUUCAUACGAUUCUCAAUUGGAAAUCAUCAGUCAAUCGGGUAGCCAAAUUGGAUUUCGACCGCAUAUGUUGCGAUCGCACACAGAUUCGCACAUCGAUUACAGUGGUGCUGAUGAGUCCGAAGCACCUGGAUCAGCGUUUUAUAUAACGCGCGAAGGAUCAAUCAACUACGAAGUGGUUUUGCUAGCUGUUUACAUGGUAUUCAAACGAGAAUCCAACGUUUGUUCGCUACGUGUUUUGGAAACUGGUUUGAAUAUCACCGAAGUGUUGCUAGAUUUAGGCGUUAUCAAAACAAGUGAACACGCUCACCAUUUGAUAAUGGGAAUCAUCAAACGAACCUGGUUGCACUUGGGCUGCCCGCAUGGCUGCAACGAAGGUAUUCGCGGUCCACCGGCCGAAUUCUUGCGCACACAAUGUCAAUCGAUUUUAUCUCGAAUGCUCCGGCAAGAGCCAUCGAACACACGACAAUAUCUACGAAAAAUGGUCAAAACCUCUAAACUACAUGAGCUCGUUGAAUUUUUUCACGCAUUUGUUGGUUUUUGCGUCGAUCCGUCUUCACUUCUUUCGCCACUGAGUCACAAGCGGCAUUCAGCAUUUAAAACACUUAAUCCAGACAUAAACAAUAUGGCAAAUAAUUAUGCAACAAAUUUUGGCGGUGGCCCAAAUAAUGGGACUGAAGCACAAGUAAUUGGUGCCAUCUUCAAAUCAUUAGUCACACGAUGUGUUCAAUCGUUUAAGGAAUUAAAAUGUCAAGAGCAAAUAGCACUGUAUUCGGAUGUUAGACAAUUAAUAACGUAUAUAAAGAAUGCACAUGGCGGAACAUUUCGACGUGUUGCGCUGAGUGGAUCAAUUGACGUAACACCAAAACCGCACAAAAAAGCAUACGAUUUACAAACCACUCGUGUCAUCAGGCACAUUCAACACAGCGAUGCAUCGUCUUACCAGCAGGAUGAUAAAUUCCAACGGAAAUUGUUCUUCAAAAAGCGUAGCAUGUCUUCAGCAUGUGCGAUGUUCAAAUCCCAUUGUUCGUCGCAGAGUUUACUCGAAACAGAGGGUCCAGAAGAUCAAGUGUGCGAAAAUCAAAGUCCAAUUUCAAAUAUAACCCGGCGAACAGUUUCAAAUCAUCCGACGCUGACUCCGAAACACAGCGAACGGGCAUUCUUUCCAGACACACUUCAGCGAUCGGAUCGGAAUUCUGUUGGUCGUUUAGUUCGUUGGUUCCGUGGUUCAUCGAAAGAUGCAUCGGCUGAUUUGGAGUCCGGUGUGUUUGGAUCGCAUUUGGCAGCAUCAAUCCUUCGCCAUGGUUCAUUCAAAAGCAGACGAGGCGAUGGAAUCGGUCGAUCCUUGCAACGUGUCCGAAGACGUGUUGAACGGCGUCUGAACCGAAUUGGUUUGGGAAAAGGGAAGAAAGUCGUUGGUGGCGUUGAAGAAGCCACCGGAAGCUGCUUCAGCCGAAGGUCAUCGUUCGACUAUGGCGAAGGCUCUAAGGAAUCCGAAAUUGUUGUUCUGAAAGAGCGUCGUUUGAUUCCAAUGAAACCAGUGCGAGAAGGAAUGCAACGAUUCAAUUUUCUACUUGAAGUGUGUGUGCCUGGCACUGUUCCAGAUCCACAAUUGAUUGGUGCUAUUAUGGAUUUGCCAAACGCACCGAUAGUAACGCGAGCGGCUCUUCUGUUAGAAUGUGCACACUACGUGCAAAAAGCCAAUAGCAAUCAAUGGGCAUCAUGGAUAAAACAGAAUUUAAUUUCAUUUCGACCAUCUGGUCCGAAUAUCGCAUCACGAAUACCCUCCGCUUCCAGCUCACAGCGACGUACGCACAUUCUGCAACGAGCGGCUGGCAAAAUGUUCUAUCAAUGGGGCGAAGUGAUUGGCAUGCGGUUAGAGGAGAUGCUGAUGAGAGAAAAACAAAAUCAUGAUAAAAUUGAGGCAACUCUCAACGAUCCGGAUAAACAAAACGAACUCGUUCAACAGGAUGAAGAGGAAGACUUUUUGGAUGAAGCAUCAGUGAACCCGAAUGGCGGUAGUUGUCCACCAGCGUUGCAAUUGAUUGCAUGCCUUGUUUUAUAUGAAAUCACUGCAUUUUUACGUGAAACCUACCGAACGUUGCCGAAAACAUCGAAAAUGUCGACCAAAGAAAAGGCAGCACCAUGGGAAAAGAUUUAUCGUGAAGCGAACCGUCGCUGGUCGAUGGCUCUCAGCUCAAUGGGUCAUUCACAGACGUCGGCACAAAGCCUACAAAGCAUCGCUGGCGGAGAUAAUGAACGGAAAAUUUCGUUUGUUCUACACGAGCCUGAUAAUGAAUCCGAAAAUAGCAGCAAUACAACGGUCACAAUGCAAGGCGAGGAAACGAACAAUGCACCGCAGCCAAGCAUUCAACAAAGACGACCAUUAGCAAACGUUAGGCCAUUUUUACUGCGUCGUGGCACACAAGCCCAAGCUCCACAAGGAGGUUCAUUUAAACGACGAUCUUUGAAAUUACGGCGAGGAACGAAAGAAGGCAAAGAUCUGGAAAGUGAUUUACGGAGAACCGAUUCAAUUCAAUCCCGUCGAAAAGUUUCGUCGAUAUCCGAUCGAAGUGAUACAUCUGAACCAGGUGCGGCAAGCGGUGGUGAGGAGUCACCAGGAAUAUUGAGUGAUGAACCGCCACCCGAAUCACCGUGCGACUCAAAUGAAACUGAUGAAACGGGAAAGAUGAUUCCAUGGAUAAAACCGAUAGUCAGAAUGAUGAACUCAUUCCAUUAUUAUUGUUCACAUCAAAAUUAUUGUCAUCCCUAUUGCUAUCGCCGUCAUAUUCGUGCUUCGUCCCGGCUAAUCAAAGCCGUGCGAAAAGUGUAUGGCGAUCAAUUUGGCGUUGAAGAACCACAGCAAGAAUUCCUUCCCGACAACACCAAAACUACAGGGCGAAAAGAACGUCGAAAUCGAAAAGUGUCCGAUCAAAAUAAUUCACAAACAUCACUGCGACACAAGGAAACUCUGGCCAAUAUAAUUUUCAGCGUAUUGGGCGUCGGUGACAAAACAACGGAGAAAAAACGCGAAGAAAAUUCACCCAUUUUGAAGUACAUCAAAAAUCACGUUCGUGAAAUAUUCCAUGUCCCUAUGGCGAUUAUGAUCAAGAGUGCGGUGGUUUUAACAGAAGAUUCAUUUAUCGAAGUGAUACCAGCUGCAUGGGAGUUGUUGUUGGAGAAAAACCCAGAGAUAUCAACAUCGGCAGCUGCCUUAUUCAUAAUUGGAUCGGUUCGAGCUCCAAAUUUUGCGUCGGAAAUAAUGCAACGUGCAUUGAAGCACAAAGACCCUGACAUUCGGAUUCAAGCAAUUUUACGGUAUCAAGUGUUGUGGAAGAGCCGAUUCCAAGUAUGGCCACGAAUGGAAGAAGGUGCCCAUGUUUCGUUCAAAGUGCCACCGCCCGGAAUCGAAUUCACAUUGCCAUCGCCAAAAAUCGGAAUAGAAAGUUUACCCGUUGUCGAUCCACCGUGGUGUCCACGCUAUCAAAACAAAGAUAUGGAAGUUCAACUAAAUCAGGAACGGCAUCGUUCAUUUGUAACAGCAACCAAAACGCGAAAAAAGCAACAAGCCGAAGCCAUUCAUUAUGCAAUUAAACAACAAGAAGACAAACAACGUGCUGAACGCGAGAGUUUUCUUUUGACAACCAUUCCGAUUACACAGCAAGCAUCACAUGCACCCGGCUUAGAUCACUCAGGAGAAGAUCACAAUGAAAUUGAGGAUGAAGUUGAAACGGGUCGCAUACCGGCACAUUUGCACGCGGCUCACUCAUUAUUUCCAUCCGUUCUGUGUUCAUCGGUUAUGCAAAUUGUCGCUUGCUUAGAUGAUGCGGCCGUUAAUUCGGAAGGCGUUUCGGUCUGUGGCAUCGCCUAUCAGGUCAUUUGGGUUUGUUUAGUCGAAGACUCGGCACUUUUUUUACGAUAUGUUCUGGAGCGCCUAACACGCGAUCGACAAGAUCAAAUGUUCAAAUUGCUGCGACAUUUGAUUCGAUUCGUACCCCGUUUACCACAACAAGCUGCAUUCGCACUUUACAAUUAUAUCAUAGGAUACGUUAUGUUUUACGUUCGAUCGUCUCAUGAAUCUAGCCAACAGUUGGUUGGUGCAGCUCUUUCGGUUCUAUGGAUGGUAGUGCACAGUGUUCAUGGAAUUAUGUUCAAAGAUUUGAAACAAAUUCUACGAAAAGAACAGUGUGAUGCUUCCAUUUUGCUAACGGCAAAUGUUCCAUCGGCCAAAAAGAUCGUCGUUCACGGACCUGACGAUGAAGGCGGUAUUCCAUCCCAAUUCCCAGUACAAGAAGAAACUCAAUUUCUACAGUUGCUCCGCGAAUCGUUGGAUUUCUUCAGCAUUGAAGAGAAGUUUCAUGGUCAACACGUUUUAAUUGAUUACAAAACACAGAAAAUCUUGAAUCCAAAUUGGUACGUACGCGAUUUGUACUUCUUCAAAAGAUCGCAAUAUCCUCAGCUGCGUUUAGUGGAGAUGCCGUCGCAGGAAGCGUUCAAUGCGCUUCAGAAACAAGAAUUAGUGAAAAAAUUCGUCGAAAUCGGAAAGGUUCAUUUGACGUGGGCCAUUUUGAAGAACGUUGACAUGGUGGUGCAACGAGUCGUAUUCUUGCACGAAGAAUUGAUGAAGUUGCCAUUUUUCCCUCGAAAAGCGCUUGAGUCGGAUUUGGAUCUCUAUCAAGGCGGAGAAUUGGGAAAAGAAUUAUUAGGUUUAGAUGUACUGCACAAAUUCAUGUGGGUUCGUUUAAUUGCCCGAAUGUUUGAGGCAAUGGCUGGAAAUUUUGCCUAUUCCGGUGACAUUCACUUGUUUUUGAAUGUACUUUCUGGUGCUGCAAUUCUUCAUUCCGAAGACGCAUGCAUAAUGCGAUACGUAAUGGCCACAUUCAUCAAUGCCGCCUUCAAUUUCAAAAAUAUUUUCUCCACAAAUGGAUACUUUCUCAUAAUGCCCACUUUGUUACAAGUCUAUUCAUUCCAUCAAACCAACAAACUUGUAACCACAACCAUUGAGUACGCCGUUAAACAAUUCUAUUUACUGAAUCGAAAGCCAUUCAUCAUGCAAAUGUUUGGAGCUGUAUCAGCUAUUUUGGACACCGAUGAAGAAGGUGUUUAUGGCGACGCAUCGAAAGUACAAUCAAGUUGCCUUUUUAAUCUUCUGUUGAGCUUGGAAACACCGUCACCAGACCCUUUAAAUAUUGCUGAAUUGAUAAAAGAACCAACACCAUUAAAAGCCAUCGAUUUCUGCUAUCAUGACGAAGACGAAAUGGUCACUGUGCUUGACUGUAUCACACUCUGCGUCAUGGUAGUUUCAUAUUCAGCAGAAAACACACGUGGAUACCAAAUGCUUAUAAUUUUGGAAGCGAUUCUGCCGUGUUACAUGCAACAAAUACAAUCAACGUGUUAUAUCCAAUCCGAAAGCAAAACUGAAAGGGAAAUUAUUCUUCAAUUAGCUGUCGCUGUUCGAACUAUGGUUCACAAUAGCGAAGGAUUAGCCAAGAGCUAUAAUGGACCAUAUAGGAAUAGUCCAGAGCACAAAGGAUCAAGUCAACGAAACUGCAGCAGAGGACCACCAGUUUCGCCGGGCUUAGAUUUUGAAGAUGAAUCACAUUCGAAGUAUGUCAGCGAUGUUGGAAGAAACAAAAACUACGAGACACCAGAAGAUUCAGAAGCAAUUCGAACGAAUUUUCGACGAGCAAGGGACGUACUUUUGUCAGUUGUCGGUGAAUUUAUAAGUAGAUCGUCAACCCGUUUAACCGAAUUAGCGAAGAAGCAAUCGUUGAAUGAUACGAAAAACGUUGAGCUACUCGAUGUAAAAUGCCACAUUCGCUUAGCGGAUAUUGCUCAUUCACUGCUGAAAGUGUCGCCAUACGAUCCAGACACAAUGGCUUGCAGGGGAUUACAAAGGUACAUGCAAUUCAUACUCCCUCGUGCUGAAUGGGCAAAUGAUGCGCUAAAAGCGGCUCUGGUACAAAUUUUACGUCGAUUGGACAAAGUAUUUUUGAAAAUUUCGAAAAAACCAUCAAUUCGACGAAACACGGACUGGGAAGCAGCGGCUGGAUUGUUGAAAGGAAUCCAUGAGACAAUCGUUCGUCAUCCAUAUGUGUUGCACUGGCAACAGAUCAAAACUCUGUUUAGUACGGUGCAAAAUUUGAUAGUAAACGAGCCGGGUUCAACAACGGAAGGAGUGUCCAGUGGUGCUGGAAACGCAGUUGUCAGCCAAAAUCCGCCUCCAUUCUUCUGUUCAACCGUUGUCCGUUUGAUUGCAUUGCAGUUAAUUAGCCCGGUACAGGUUCAUUCAUUGGAGCACAUUUGCGGUGGAAGCUCGGAAUUUGCAACACAAGAGAAAGCCGAAGGAUUUCUACUUCAUCUAUUGAUGCCGUUAUGCCUGAAAGUGUGCAGCGGUCGUGGUGUUUCGGACGUCGGCCUGCUCAGGCAAACUGACAUAUCUUUUCUAGUGGCGGCCACAUUGAACGCAAUGAGCCCACUUGCCGGUAGGACAGGUCAAGUUGGUACGGCAGUUAACAGAACAGUUGGUGAUCUAAGAGCUGGUUCAUUAACCUUUACAGGUAGCCGAGAUGCCAAACGGCCAGCACGAAUCAGUGGAAGUUUAUACCAGGCCGGAUUUCUAUCGCUUCGCAUCCUGUGCAUUUGUUUUGAGCAACGCCUUGGACAGGAAUGGCCGCGAAUCGUUCGGGUUAUGCGUGAUUUGGGCCGGCGAAAUGAAGCCGCACCGGAAUUAUGGAGUUUCUUGGAAUUUGUUGUAACACAUCGAACACCAUUGUAUAUUUGUUUAAUGCCAUUUAUUUUGCACAAGAUCUCCCAGCCACCGAUCGGUGAUCACGAGCGUCACAUGCAACACCUGAUUCGUGAACGAAUGAAAGGAAUGCCCGAACCGAAUAUGAUAAAAUCACGAGGAGCACUACUGCUUGAAUUGGCCCGCGAAUUGCGCGAGCUCAGAGAAGAAUUAGAAGAACGUAGAUAUGAAAAAGAGCCCGAACCAUCAAAACGUGAAGUAUCACAAAUUCCUCCGCCAUCUGAACCACCGAAGCAUCAACAACGACCCUCGCUGAUCUCAUUGUUUACUGGGCAGCAUUCCACAUCGCAUCUAUCAUCCCUCUAUCACAUCGAUUCACGACCCGUAGCCGCACUAUGCACCCAAUUAACGCAAAACACCCUUCAUCCACCACGAAAUGAGUCGCUGUCGAGUAGUUCGACAGCGACUAAAGAGGCCAUUAGCGAAGGUCAAAGUUCAGAAGCAAUAACUUUAAACCCGGCCAAUGCAGGAAAUGGAUCAUCGACCGUGUUAGGUGGUUCCUCAAUUGGUAGCAUAUCGGAGGCGGUGACAACAGUUCCUCAUCUAACACACUCAAUGUCAUUGCAACAGCAAAACUCAUGGAAAAUGCAACCGCCACGAUUGCGUUUUGUUUCAUCGGUUGAGUUUAAACAUUCGGUUGAGUUUAAACAUUCAUCGGGCGAAACGUCAACAACCCCAUUGUCGCCGGAAAGUCCGGUCGAAUAUAGUUCCGGUGAAAAUAAUAAACCGUCACGUUUACAACGGUCGAAAGCAAGCAGUCGCAAAACGUUCCGUAGUCGACGCGGACGAAAUCCACCGGCAGUUCAAGAGGUAUGUUCGAAUUGCAUCGAAGAGAAUGUUUCGCAUUCAUCGGACCAAUCAGAGAUUCAACCGCCGAAAUCAAUUUCCGUUGCCGCUGAUUUGUCAUGGGAUUCGGUGUCGCAAACAUCAUCGACCUCCGGUUAUCGAGAUAACAAUAGUCUACAAACAGGCCUACUCUCACCUGACAGCUCACUCACCUAUGGCAUCCCACACAAUAUGACACGCUCACUAUCGCAACACUCACUGUUGAUGCUAUUUGAGACGCAAGACGAAGAAGACACCCUGAUCUAAACACCACACUAUCCGUCUCACAAACAUCAUAAAGAAAGAGAGAGAGAGAGAGACACAGGAUUUUUUUCUAAAAAAGCACAAAAACCACACCUAGAAAGGAACAACAUCUUUUUUAAAAUCCAAUUAAAAAAAAAAAACAAAACAAAACAACAAAUUUGUAUUGAAAUGUUAACAUUAGCUGUAGCCUAAGCACAAAAAACAACAACAACAAAUAAUUAACACUAUUAUUACUAUUAUUACAUAUAGAGAGAAAAAAACAAAUGAUAAACAAAUAAUUUUAUUGACGAAAGGCUAUAUAGAAAUAGUGAUCGUUCGUGUGCUGUUGUUAGCUGUUGAAUUUCUAAUAUCGUUAACCGUUAGAUUGUGUGAAUGAUAAUAACAAAAAAUGAAUAAAAAAUGAAAGGAAAAAAUUACUAAUAAAAAAAACAACAACCAGAAACAGAACAUUUUAUGCGAUAGAAACACAUCGUAACAUGUUAGAGAGACAAUUAGAUUUAAAUGCAUCUACAAUAACUACGUUAGAUUGAAAGAAUAAAAAAAAAUUAUAAACAACAACAAAAAACAUUCAACCAACAACAACAAG